GAGUGAGUGAGCGAGCGAGGCAGGCAGUCUGAGUACCGGAGUGUUGUCGGGGAAUAGGAAGCGAGUAGUGCACGGAGGCUGUACCUAGAGCGCUGGCAGCGCCAGGUAGGAACGCAGCUCGGCGUAAGGAGAUGAGUCAAUCAAUAACCACAUAGGGUUAGAAUAAAGGGCUUCGGAGAAUGAGUGCAAACACAACAGGACAGUGAGAGGCAGGUCAGUCGCAGGGAGGCGCGGGUAAUUGGUGCCUGUUUAGGAAAUAUUCAUGGACACACAGCUGAAGUUAACUCCUCCCUGAAUAUUGACAGAAAUUGAAUUUGAAUCCAGAGUUGAAACUGCAACUGCAUCCCCUGCAUCUGUUAAGUACAAGGAUAGAAGAAAAGCAAGCUUUUGACAUUGAAAUUGAAAUUCUAAAGCUUUAUUUGUCUCAAAUAAUGUGUUAAGAACAAAACUACGAGACCAUCAAGAAAGAACAUCUGAGGAAGAGCUUAUGCCUUGGUUUACUGAUAAACACACACAUGAAUUUGUGAUGAAGUCUACUGGGAGUACCUUAACGAAAACAUCUGAAGACGUCAGAGAUGAUAUGAACUUAACACUUGAUGAAUUUUCGAACCCAAAAAAGUCUGUUGAACACCAUUGCUCAAUUUGUGACCAGUGUUUUCCUUUUGAUAGUCUUUUAACUCAACAUAUGCACAUGCAUUCAAACGAAAAGCGUCAAUUUUGUGAUCGUAGAAUUUCGCAGAAAGCAAAUUUGAAAAUUCAUCUUCAAAAGCACAAAGAGCAUUUGCAGCAGGGUAGAAAAACUGAAAGAAAUAAGGCUGCUUUGUCUACAAGCUUUGAAAUCCCAAGUGCUCUGUCUAGUAGAAUCAGUCCUAAUGACGUUGAAAUGAAUGAUACUGAUGUAAAGCCUAUAAAUGGUGUUGCUUUAACUCUGGAUGCAUUAGAAAAAAAUAUUGCAGUCCAUGCUGAAGAACUUUCCCUUCUGCCUUGUAUGUUUUGCAAUAAAGGCUUUCAACACUCUGAAGAACUCCGUCACCAUGUGGUAGUUCAGCACCGGCCCACCCUAUGUGAGCCUGCAGUCCUUCGAGUGGAGGAGGGUUUGAGUCCUAUGCUAGAGAUGCACAUUACAGCAAGUUCUCCAGAACAGGAGAUUAAUGAUGAAAGUGAAGAUGGUGAACUCAGCUGUAAAGUGUGUGGACUGUCCUGUGAGAGUGCUGUGAGUCUGGAAACUCACAUGAGGAAGCACAAGGAUUCAUUUACCUAUGGUUGUAAUGUAUGUGGCCGACGCUUUAAGGAGCCUUGGUUUUUGAAAAAUCACAUGCGAACACAUUCAAGUAAAGCUAGGGGCAAAUCUCAGCCGGAUUCAGAAGGUCCUGCGACGAUCAACAACGUUAUUGUGCAGGAACCAUUUUCUGGCCAUGUUGUAUCUCCUUAUAAAAUGUGCAUGGUCUGUGGCUUUCUCUUCCCCAGUAAAGACAAUUUGAAGGAGCAUAGUAAAGUUCACAACAAAGACAUGCCUGAUGAUGAUAGAAUGGAUGACUAUUGCUUAAAUCAGGAAAUUGUAGUACCACAGGAGGCAUUCCUGCAAAUGCUACAACUACGUCCCCACUUAGCACAAAAUUGCAAACCUGUGAAACUUGGAAAAUGGAUACCUGAACUUGAUCCCUUUAAUACGUACCAGGCCUGGCAGCUGGCCACCAAGGGAAAGGUGGCAGUUGGUCGAGAAAAUGUGAAAGAUCCAGGGCAAAUAGCAAACUCUGAGAAUGAAGAGGAGCCCUCGGACAAAGAGGAAUCUAGUGAACAUUGGACCUCCGAUAAAGGCAAUCAUGGUGCUACUGUGGAGAACCUUGACAAGACUAAAAUCAAAAGCAGCAGUUUAUGUCAGAGUGGACCACCCACUGUGGGUGACAUUGACGUUGACCCAAAAUUGACCCAGAAUAAAACUAAACCGACCAACUGUACAAUGUGUGGUAAGAUUUUUAGAACCUACCAUCAGUUAGUGCUGCACUCCAGAGUACACAGGAAAGGCAGGAAAAGUGUAGAGAACCCUCCAAAUUCAGUUGAUAGCAGUGAAGCUGGCACUCAAUCUGUUGAUUCGGUUAAAACAAUUGAAGACCAUAGUCCAGAAACGGACAAACCUGAGGAGGGCUCUGAAGAGGGAUCAGAAGAUGGAGCACUGGGAGAAGGACCUUCAUCAGGUAGGACAGAUCGGAGUGAGGAUGGCUCAGAACGAGGAAGAAGUAGAGAGGCUGGCUCAUCUGGUGAAUGCAGUUACUGUGGAAAGUCUUUUCGCUCAAACUAUUACCUCAAUAUUCAUCUCAGGAUACACACAGGUGAAAAGCCCCAUCGGUGUCCUCUCUGUGACUAUGCUGCAGCUCAAAAGACCUCACUUAAAUAUCAUUUGGAGCGACACCACAAGGGUGAGCAGAAAAAGCCUGAAGAAAAGAACGAUUCUCUGAAGAAUUCAUCAGCAUCUCCCAAGUUGGAAGUGGUACCAAAAGGAAGCGAUGAAACCGUUCAGGAAUCUGUGGAUUCAACAAAAUUGCUUGCAGACUCUUUGGGCAGUGCCAAAGAUUUAGAUGCAGACUUUCCUCGGAGGAAGCACAAACUGAAUCCUCCUCCUCCUCCUCCUCCAGUUUUUGCUAAUGCUGCAUUUUCAAAUGUGAGCCAGGAGCUUCCUGACUUGAACAGGGAUACUAGUUUGCAUCAUAACCACCCUAUCUUCUGCAAUGCAGCACUACCAUACUGCAAAAAAUCAAAGGGUGAAAAACUGAUGGGUGAGUCACACAGGAAUGACUCUGAUCCAAAGGUGGUUCUUGAUGCGGAAAAUUCAAAGGUUUCGGAGGAAUGUUUAAUGGAAGGAUUGUCAGAAGGUGGUAGUCAACAGAAUAAUAUUAGAAACACAAGAUGGGAACCUGCUCCAAUAAAUGACCAAUGCUAUGUUAGUACUCGAGUUAAGUUAGAGGAUUUCAGUGAUCAAUCUGAAUGCAGCUUUUUGGAAAAGCCCUUGAAUCUUUGCACGAUGAUGUAUCAAAGAAGUCUGUGUAGCAAUGGUAGUCCUCUGGGAAAUGCAGCUACCUCAGUUUCCAAGAGUGCCUUACUGAGCAACACGUGCCCAUUUUGUACUUACAGAACUUUGUACCCAGAGGUCUUAGUGAUGCACCAAAGGGUGGUGCAUAAAUACAGUGCUGACCCAAGCCCAAUAAAUGGAAUGCGCAGUGCUGUUUGUGGUGGGUCAGUUAAAAGCAGACGCACUGGAUGCCCCCCUGCACUAUUAGGUCAAGAUGUUUCUUCUUUACUUGCCACCAAAGAAACAAACAGAGAAUUUUCUCGUCGGACCAAGUCACCAGUACGGGCAACUUCACCAGAAUCUUCAAACUUGCUGCUUGGGAAGGCAAAAUCAUCAUCGUCGUCAUCAUUGUCAUCAUUACACCAGUCUCAGUGCAAUAAUCUUCUUCCUUCUACAGCAGGAUCCAGAUCAUCAGGUGACUUUAAAGCAUUUAAGGCAACCCAAAAUUCCAGUGCACAUGUAGAAAAUUAUCGAUCAAUGCACACGGAACUUCGACAGAUGCCAGAUGUAGUUCAAAGAAUGGAAAGAAGUGGACCAUCAGAACCUGGCAAUAGUAAAAGAAAUACUUCUGAAAGACCCUGUAUCAAGUUGGACUAUGAAUCUGAAGGACCUAGGGGAUCUUUAGUUAGGUUUGACAGUCUUUGGGCUUCAAACAUUAGUGAAAUGUGUCUUACUGAUGUGUCUGAAAAUCAGGGAGGCUUGGACUCUCAUGAGCGUACAGCUAAAAAAAUGAAACUAAACAGUCCUUUAAGGAAUGAUCAGCCUAUUUUUGGAGCUAGGAGGGGUGUCCAAGGAAGAAAUGUGAAAUUAUCUCCAGAAAUACCUUCUGUUCAGGCAAGAAACUCUGGGAUACCAUCUAAGUCUGGAUCACCACUCGAUUCAAAUGGAGUUGACCCGCAUUGGAAUGUAUUGAAACUUUUGAAGUCCUACAGCCCACAAGACUUUGCCUCGUUAUAUAAUAAUUGUGGACCCAGUAAUAGUGGAGAUCCUAAUAUUGGUCAAGAAGGGAAAAGACCUUUCCAGUACCUGCAGCACUCUAACAGUAUGUCACAAAAAAGGAGCAUUAGUCACCCUCAUAGUGGAUCUUUAGACAAGGAAGAAUACAUGACCCAAUGAAACCUGUCAGUGGAAUAAGAUCUGUUGGAAGCUGUGAAUGAAAUGUUCUUUCUGCAUCCAAGUUGAUUUUUGGGGGCAACUCGCUGGCCCACAGAUGAAAUCUAACAAUGCCUGAGUUCAAGAUCCACACCAAAUAAGCUGUGAUUUCUACAUUUAUAGAACACUACUAUUCACUUUUGGAUUACAUCUUUUGUUCUGUUCAAACACAGUUGUAAGCAGAAACUAUAUAUACACAAAUGCAAACAAAAUGCCUUGUAUUCCAUUUUGAUUAUGAACUUGAAAUUAUAAUGUUUGAAUUGUCUAGUGUUCCUGUUUUUUGCAAUAACUACAUUGCUUGGCACUAAUAAUUGAGUUGGGGGCCAUUUUUUUGUUUAUAAAUUGUUCAAAAUGAAAAUGGAUUUUGGUACCUGAUAUUGACAUUUCUGGGAAAUUGUAUAACUGUUAUUGACCUUUCUCUUUACAUUGAAAAAUGAGCAAUAAAUUGUAUAACCUGUAGUAAUGCUUCUAGCAUCAGUCUUCCAAUAGUCUCUUUAUAUUCCAUUUGGUCUUUGGUUGCACAGCUGUGGCAAGCAAUACUUAAGUUGGGUACCCUUUUAUGCUUGGUUUGUAACAUUUAGUAAAUAUUUUGUUUGAAAACUGGUUGCUUUAGAGUUCUGUGCAGCAGGACCUUGAUUAUUUAAUAUUGUGAAAAUUAUAAAUGUGUUGGAAGAUGCAUUUAAAUAAGUGUCCCUUACACGGCACUCUGAAAUGACACAGCAGAGUGUUGGAUUAUCUUACCAUAAAUGCGCUCUACUCAACAAAUAAUGCACUAUUGGAAUAUGACAUGGGAAUCUUUUCAAAAUUAAACAUGGUAGAUUGCAACUAGACAAUUGCUGGGUCAUCUCCAGUCAACUAAUGAUUCAGAAAUAUUUGUAUGCACAAAUUUAACAACACAGUGAAAAUUCUGAACCAUUGUUUAAAUUUGCAUAAUUUGAAAAGACCUGUGUAUAUUGUAUUGUUUUGCUUCCUUGCUCAAUUUAAACCCCAGUGUUUCACUAGUAUGCAUGCAAGGCCAAAGCAGGAAGGGUUUUGGCUUUGAAAUGGAGAGGCAAGAUGCACUGUUGUAAGAAAUGUCCUGUAAUUUCAUUUGCAUUAUGCAAGUUUCCAGAGACUUCUGUUUAGGUUUAGCCUUCAACAUCUGAGAGAUGACCUUUUGGGCCUCCCCUUCCGCAGGUGGAAUAUUGAUUCAGGAACUGAAGCAGUACCUUAUAAUCAUCCCAAUGUGUGUCACAGCACAGUUUCGUUUUGGUCGUCCUACAAGCUGGAAUUCAACGGAUUCUGAAAAACAAUCACGUUGACUGGAGAUGUAUAACUAAACAUAUGUCUAAUUGAAUAUUAGCACCAGCCUUAAAAUAAAAUUGAGUUAAACAAAUCAAAAUCCUCAGAUUGCAUGCUAUACACUUUCUUGCAGGCAACUGACAACAUUGAAGGUAUUCUAACUAGCUGAUGUUUUCAUUUUUGUUUUCAAAAUGAACCCAAAUGAGUUCAAUGUUAAGAUUAUUUGAGGUUUUAUUUUACAUAAACCUGCAUAUUUGGCAUACUAGGGUGCUAGAGGCAAUGGGAUUUUUUUUAUUGUUAAAUCAGUCCCACCCUUCACUAUGGGGUUUAGUGUUCUUAAUUAUACACUGUAUGGCAAGUACUGUAAUCCUAAAUUAUUCAGUCUCAGCUCAUUUAUUAUUGGAGAAUGCUCUUGAUAAAGUUAUCGCUAAGACCUUGUUGAUAGAUUGCUGAGGGGCAAGAUGUAUAAGUGCAGCUAUGUUCUAGUCAUAAUUGAUUUUAAUUAAAAUCAGUGCAUCUUUCCUGCAGCUUAUCUAUUGAUUGUAUUGUCCCAUUAGCACAACUGCUAUACCUUUGUUUCCUGAUUGAAUGUAUAUUAACAGUUCAAGCUUUAAUAUACUCAUAAGUAAUGCUUGCCACAGCUAUACUUAAAUCUGUUGUAUUGGGUGAAAGUCAGUGAAUUUACCAUUUUUAGACACUUUGUUCUGCAACAUUUAAAAUGUUUAGUUCAGUUUUCCAGAUUGUGUAGAUGAUAGGUUAAAUCAAUAAUUCUGUUGAAAACUACCCAUUUACUGAACUUGCCCCUUUUUAAUCUGGCCACUUUAAUGCGCAUUUUAAAUUAAUUUCAUUGUACUUUUAGUUCUGUGAGGAAGGUUAUUGCAUUUUGAUUUUUAAUUUCAGUAAUCCUUUUCUGUCUUUGAGAAUUGAGCUUCUCUACUCGUUUUAUGAUUUGUUAUUUGACUAGGACCAAUGGUAUUGGGAAGUUUCAAAUAGGCUGAAAAUAAACUUUUGCUACAAGUAAUUCAAAAUUAUUCAAUUUACAAUGAUGAAAUGCACUAAAUUUCUGUUUUGAGAGCAAGACAGAAUGAACAGAACUGUGAUUGUUAAGUACAAAUGGAAGUCAACAAGUGUAUGAGACGUUGGAAGAAUUUGGUGGAUUUACUACUUUAGCAUUAUCUAACGUGAAUUUCAAGAGAUGACAAUGACCAAGGAUAGUGUGUAGGAAUGGCAAUUUGUAUAUACUGCACUAGUGACCGGAUGCUGUCUAUUAAUGGACUAGCCCUGUACCCUGGGGAAGAAUUGUAUGUAGAAGUAAAAUUCUAGGCAGUUUUGUUUUGAGAUAGGUAAUGGGCCAGUAUUCAUUUGUUUGAUAUUAGGCUCGGUAGAUAGCCUCAAUUGUUUUUUAAUGUAAAUACAGCAAAUGUAACAUUUCAGUACAAUUGGGCUGCUAAAAUAUUUGCUAUUCAUUUUGUACAUUUGUUUAGGUGAAGGGGAUUUUUUUUGGUUGAAUUCCAGGUGGUUUUUAUGAAGUAAUUGAGGCUUUUGGCUAGCUUUAGAUUUUUUUUAAAGAAUUGGAUAACAUUUUGACUUUUUUUAAAAAGAUGGAUUAGUUAAAAGCUAUCUGCAUUCAUAAAUAAAAACAUCUUGGUGCACAGCAUGCACAGAACAUUGGUACAUGGUCUGUCAGCUCUCCACAAAUGCUGCUAACAAAGCCUUGGUAAUGGAACCAUUAGAAAAUUUGAACUUUGCAUAUAGUUUACUGUGCCUGAUAGUGAUGUUUCAACUGUUAACUCAAGUUUGUAAAAAGCAAUUUUAUUUUCCCAUUUAAAAAUCUGGUGAUAUACAAAGAGGAAACUAGCUAUGCAGCAAGACGAUGUGUAUGUUAUAUUAGUCUUACAGUCUGUUCUAAUACUUCCAAGCAAAGCGUCUGACUUAUGACGUGUGCCUUACCAAGAAAUCUCAAACUCAUAAUUUUCUUGGGGGAAAAAGAAGACUGCUCAUUCUGUUGAGCAUAUGUUUUGGUUUGGGGUUUGUAAUAUUGACACUACUGACCUCCUGUGACCAUGGAUUCUGAUUUUCUUUCUCCUAGAGAAGACUGAGCCAUAUGUACAUGUGCUAGAAAAUGUUUUAUAGUUGCACUUUUUAAUGCAUAUUUUUGAAAUUGUUAUGCAUCAAAUACAGGGGCUGAAAGUUGCUUGUUUGAUCUGAAUAUAAAAUUGUUGCUUGAGGGUGCAUGCUGAAUUCAUUAAUUCCUAUUCCAUUGAAUUUUGAAUAUAUUUCUUUACAAUGCAAUUUAUAGGGAAUUUCCAUCGAUGUCUUUUGGAUCCCUCAGUGUUACAACAUUAGAGAAUAAAAGUUUUGUGUUUGUAGUUGGGCACACUGUAGUAUGCAUAUUAAGGUACAUCUUAUUUAAUUCAGUUUUCUUUUUGUAUUUAUUACUUAUGGAUCUUUUUGAUUUCUUUAAUCGUGUUCAACCAUACAAUAGUGUUUCAGACUGUCUGUCUCUAAUUUAUAAUGUACUGUUGUUUGAUGUACAUUCAUCCUGUUUUGGAAUAUAUGGUGUUUUGCAUCUCUAA